GCGUCAAACGUCACACAUCUACAUUGUAUUUAUUUUAAUGCUGUAACGCUGGUAAUGUAACGGAGUGUCAGGGUCAUUUUGGCAUCUGCAGAAGAGAACAGUCCGACGAACAGCGUAGGAUAUCAGACCUGACAGCGGUUUUCCUGUUGUUGUUUGGAUAAGUGAUGGAUAAGGUUUGGAAAGAAACUGCAGUAUGGAUGUUAGUUUGUGGCUCUGAUCAAUCCAGUGCAACGCAUCACAGGGACUCUUGUCAAACUUUAAACGUCGUCAAUGAAGCGGAUAGAGCGAAAAGUGGGCGUUUUUCCAAACCUGCACUGAAACAUGGAUUUUGAGAGAAGGGGUGGGCGUGGUGACCGCUUGGGUCGCUAUGGCAAAGAGUCUGAUGAUCAUGACUACAGGGACAUGGACUACCGUGGUUAUGGACAGGAAAAUGGUUUGGGACAGAAUAGCAGCUAUAAUAACGCCAGAUCGCAUGGGCGUGAGGAAAACAUCCGUGAUUUUUCCUCAAGUAAUUUCUCUAGUAACCAACCAGGUGGUUCGCAAAGCAAGGACAUCAACUCAAGAUUCCAGCAAGAUGAUGAAAACUGCGAGUACGAAACGGAUGAUGCGCACCGGAGGGAUACGCAGUCGUUUAGGUCUGGGCAAAAGAUUUAUCUCGAUCAGAAUCAAGAUGGAGAUGAGGGGCAAGAGGACAACACCUGGAGCAGACUCGGGGGGCGGUUCAACUCUCAGGAGGAAUAUGGAUCAGAAUGGAGAGCUGAUGAAGACAAAUAUACCAGACACAUCAGUCACAGACAAGGCUUCCCUGACCAGGUCCAGUUAGGAAAAGACAAACUAAGGGAUGGAAGCAUCCACCAUGCUCUGGAAAUGACCCAGGAUGAGUCAGAACAGCAUGACCAAGACUACAGGUCUGAUAAUGAACAGACACAGAAACCUAGCAACAUCAUCAUGCUGAGAAUGCUCCCACCCAACGCCACCGUCAACGAGAUUCGUGGUCGGCUCCAAGAGCAGGGGAUCCAGCCCAGGGAGGUUCGCCUCAUGAGGAACAAGUCUUCAGGUCAGAGCAGAGGAUUCGCCUUCGUCGAGUUUAAUCACUUGCAGGAGGCCAGCCGCUGGAUGGAGACCAACCAGAGAGUGCUCACUAUAUUGGGACAGCGAGUAUCUAUGCACUACAGUGACCCAAAGCCUCGCGCGAAUGAGGACUGGCUUUGCAACAAGUGUGGAGUGCAGAAUUUCAAACGAAGAGAAAAGUGUUUCAAAUGUGCUGUUCCAAAGUCAGAGGCAGAGCUCAAAUUACCUAACAUAGUACCAAAGAGUUUAACCUUGGGCCAGUUAAAGGACUCAUCUCAGGGUUUACUUCCCCUUCCUGCCAUAUAUCAGACUGCAACUCCAAUUCUCAACAUGGCUUCCUUGUCACAAGCGACUGAGGCAGCCAAUGACACUCUGAUAUUGAGAAACCUGGGACCUCACACAACAUUAGAUGCUAUUCUGUCAGCUCUGGUCCCAUUCGCUACCCUGUCGCCUUCAAACGUGCGGCUCAUCAAAGAUAAACAGACACAGCUCAACCGAGGAUUUGCCUUCCUCCAGCUCACUACGAUUGUGGAAGCUUCACAGCUGCUCCAGAUCCUUCAAUCCCUGCAUCCUCCUCUCUCCAUCGACGGAAAGCUCAUCUCUGUUGAGUUUGCCAAGGGAUCCAAACGUGAUGGUUUACUGACAGACGGGAAUCGAGCGAGUGUGGCGACCGUAGCAAGUACAGCUAUAGCUGCAGCUCAAUGGGCCGUCACUCAGACAGCUCAGCUCUCAGGUUCAGCUCAAAGCGGUGAUUUCAGGGUACACCAGCAGGGGGCAGCAUUGUCUGUUUUUGGGCAAAGGGCUUUGCAGGGCAUCAGUGGAGAGGCACAACCCUUUAAAGUGCCAGCCGUGACCAAUCACACGUCAUUACUGACUCCUGACAGAGGAAGUGCAUCUAUAGUUCUGCCCAUCUCCACGGAGACUGAAUUUGCAGGUGCUGCCUCAAUACUGUCUCUCCCACCAUCUCAGUCGCAGAUCAUCACCACGGCAACCGCCUCACAGGACAGUCAGAUGCCAGUCCAGAUCAUUGGAAAACCUCAACCUGCUACUCGCAGCCAACCGGCCACACCUGGAACUGCUUUGGAGUGUCAGCAGUACCCGGAUCCUGACGUGUCCACAUAUCAAUAUGAUGAGAGCUCUGGUUAUUAUUAUGACUCUUUUACGGGUCUCUACUACGACCCAAACUCACAGUACUACUUCAAUCCUCAUACACAGCAGUACAUGUACUGGGAUGGAGAAAAACGCACAUAUGUUCCCGCUCCAUCACAGACAUCUGAAGACGGGGCCGAGACCUCUGACCCUUCAGCUACACCUAAUAAUGGCAAAGACAGGAAAGACAAGCCCAAGAAUAAAACGGCACAGCAGAUAGCUAAAGACAUGGAGCGAUGGGCCAAAAGCCUGAACAGGCAGAAGGAGAACGUACGGUCGUCUUCAGUGAGCUCAAACCCUCGGCUGCAGGGCAGAUCCGACGACCGCCGCGAGUCUGCUAGUGCUGACGCGGGUUACGCCGUCCUGGAGAUGAAGGGUGCCUUACUGGAAAGACCUCCACUUCUGAUGGAACACAUGAGACAUCCAGACGAAAGAGAAUGGAGUCCUUCUCAGGGUCUUGUGGCGGGCUACAGUGGAGAAACGGACAGCGAGGAGGAGGGGGGCGAGAGAGAGGAGAAGCUCACAGACUGGUCCAAACUGGCGUGUCUGCUUUGCAUGAGACAAUUCCCCAGUAAAGAAGCUCUGAUCAGACACCAGCAGCUCUCUGAACUACACAGACAAAACCUAGAGCAGAGGAGAGCCAGACAAUCCCAGCCGGAUCGAUCGGAAAUGGAGCUGACGUACAGAGAUCGAGCAGCUGAAAGAAGAGAGAAGGGGGCCUUUCCACAACAACUAGAUGCCAAGAAGAGAAAAUUCAACCCUGUGUAAGAGGAUGUGACUUUCCUCUUUUAGUAGCGUGGGAUCCAGAUGUUUCCAGGGUGAGUGUAAAAAGGAGAACAUCUCUAUUUGUUGAUCUUUGGACUCGCUUCAGUAUGAAAGAAUGGAAGCAUUAAAGAACAGUUUCUCAUCUGUCUGUGCUGAACGUGUGCACAGAGCAACAGUGCAGCUAAGAGAUUUCUAUCAUCAGGGUGUGUGGUUUUGAUUCAGGUGCGUUUAAGUGGAAUGCUCAGGAAUCCGAGCGAGAACCAGAACACAUAACACAUAAAGUGUUACCAUGUGGAAAUAUUGUAUGUGACCCCACCGUCUGCAGCCAUUCCAGACAAAAAUGUGUUUAUGAAUCAUAUUUUCUACCCAUAUAUGACAUAUAGGCGCCAUGAAUUUAUGCAAAAACUGGUGGAAUUCUAGAAAGCAUGUAUACUGAUGGUGGGUAAAAAAUGCUUUUUGUAAUUGGCCUCAUGAAAGAGCUUCAGUCUGAUGUGCUAUGCAGUUUGCAUGUGUUAUUUGACAUGGCAAUCUAUGCAGAUAAUCACAGACAGCAUCUGUCUGUGAUAACUUGGAAACGCACAGUAGCUUAGUGAUUAUAUAUACAGAUGUUAUCCGUUUACGUACGUAUAUGACUUUAUAUAAAAACUCACAGUUUCAAUGUAACAUUGUAUUUCACAUUAUGAGCUGUAUAAGACAAUGUAAGCUUUCAAACUAUUUUUAAAUGUGAAUUUCAGAUGGACAACAUGAGUUUAAAAGUGCAUGUUUGUAUCGGCACUAAGUGCCAACAUGUUUUUUUAUUUGUUAAACAUGAUUUCUUUGUGUAAUUAUAUAUGAUUCUCACAUUUAAGUUUACUCACUUUAAACACAAAUGAAUGAAAGUCGUUUGAAAAGUUAGAUUCCUAAUGAGAAAUGUUUAGCAAUGUGGGUUUUCCUUCAUUAUUUUAUGUGAAUAUAGAGCAUAUGGUAAGAAUGAAUCUAAUGUUACCCUUGUUUUGAAAGCACAGAUUUUUUAUAUAUUGAUGCAGAGUCUAUGAGUUACGUUUCAAGUAAACCGAUGAAUCUCACAAACUUAAAAGGUCAUAUUUAACUCACAAAAUCGAAAUAAAGAAAGAUAAAAAAUAUUCAUAAAAUAUUGUUUAUAUGUUAUUGUAUGAUAUUAUUUAAAUAUAUUGCCUGAAGAAAAUAUCAUGACGGCCAUUCCGUUUUUCGGAUUUUGAUAUUAUUCAAUGUACAUUAUAGACCAUUUUUAAUUCUUUAUGUUAAAAUAACCAUACAACACUUUAUGCAAAAUAAAUUCUCUUUGAAGUGA